GCUGGAGCCCUGCCACCAUCGGGAGUGGACCUGCUAGAGGGUGCUCCUGACUGGGAAGCUGCGGUGGCCUAGGGCCGUUGCCCUGACUGGUCAGAACUUCCCCACUAUGAUGAGGAGCUGCCGGAGCUGCCCCGUCCCUGCUACUACCCUGAGAAACCCCCGGACCAGGCCUGGCUGGACUCAUCUGAGCAGCUCUCCCGCCCAGAGCCAGAGCCUUGGAUCAACAACCCCGCUGCUUCCCCUAGCGCUACAAGGAAUGAGCCACCCAUGCACCGCAGUGGGACUGGAGGGAGCGUGUCAGCAGAGGAUGCCCAUCCUCAUCUCGCCCGACAUCGCUGCCCAGUUCAAGAAGAAGUGGCUGCUGCUGCACCCUGAGGACCAGGACAAUGCGGGUGAGGCUGUGACCUUGGAUGACAGCCUCACCAGCUUGCAGUGGCUCCAAAACUUUUCCAUCGUCACCAUUGAUCCGGAGAGACCACCUGUCCCCAGCUGUCCUCUCCAGCAGCCUCCCCAGCAGCUCUUCCAAGGGUCCGAGGCCCCGGCCAGCCCACCAGCAGGAGACACUGCAGCCAAGGGGAUGCCCCCGCGUCUAGGCAAACCCACCUCCACAGCCACCUCCCCUGGUACCAGCUACCUGCCUGGCCUUGGCGCUGCAGAGAUUGAUUACAAGAGCAACCCUAGGGUGAAGCCCCCUUACUCCUAUGCCACCCUCAUCUGCUUGGCUGUGCGGGCCAGCAAGCAGGCCAAGGUCACCUUGUCAGCCAUCUACAGCUGGAUCAUGGAGAACUUCUGCUACUACCGGCAUGCUGAGCCCAGCUGGCAGAAUUCCAUCCGGCACAACCUGUCCUUGAACAAAUGCUUCCGGAAAGUGCCGCGACAGAAGGACGAGCCAGGCAAGGGGGGCUUCUGGGAGAUCGACCCUCAGUACGCCGAUAUGUUCAUCGACGGUGUGGUCAAGCGGAGAUGGCUGAUGGCCGCACCCUACAGCCCACCAUGGCAGCGCCCUGCCGUGCCUGCCCUGGAGACUAAGUGCAGCCUCUUGUCCCCUGUGCCCCACCUGGGGGAUGGGCAGCCAGGGCACACCCCUCACCAGGCCACCUGCUGCCUGGUGCACCAGCACAGCCAACGCUGCCCACUGCUGGAUGCCCCCAGCCCUCUGCCGAAGCGCAGCUGCCCAGCAGCCAGGACUGCCCAGUCCCCUCUGCUGCCCUCUAGUGGCAGAGAUGCAGAGGCCCUGAGAGGAGAAUUUGACUGGGCUGAUGCCUUUGACGAUGUCUUCCGGGGAAACGGCAGCAAUUUCGAGGACCUGGAUAUUAACGCAGCGCUCAGCUCACUGUCCACAGAGGUGGACCUCGCCAUGCAAGGCAGGAACACUGGGCCUCAUCUGGGCUGGCUGCUAGGCAUAGCAGCCACCCCGCCCCCUCAGGGUGAAGAUGGCAGAGCUCACCCUGCCUUGGGAGUGCCCCGUGCUACCUUCUGAAGCAGGAAGCCAGUGACGAGCAGAGGCAAACAGGCCAGCUGGGACCUGUUCCCUCCUGCCUCUGCCGUUAUCCUGCACUGUGACCUCAGGCACGUGCAGCUUGGUGCCUUAGUUUCCCCACCUGUGAAAUAAGAGUGAUGCUGCCCUCCCCCUUGUCACGCACAUGAGUGACACUGUUACUGUCCAGCCUGCCCUACAGGGCCAGGCUGGUACCGCCCCACCUCAGCAGAGCAUCUCUCUGAGCCACCUCUGGUCUUAGCUGAGCACAUGAGUCAGUGAGCCUGAGUUUACACUGGCCACAUCCCACCUGGGGCUACGGGCUGGCCCGAGCUCCUAGCAUGCCCUGCUCCAGCCAGGGCUCAGCAGCAUGGUGGAAUGGCCACACAGUGAAGAAAGUGGCAGUGGGGAGCCAGCCUGGGUUGUAACUGGGGCAGAGGGGAACAUCACAAACUCUUCAAAGGGGGGCCCUGCUACCACCAUGCCGCAGCUCUGCGAGAUGGUGCUUUCUGGGAACUGGGCAGCUGUCCCAUGGCGCUGCCAGCCCUGAGGCCAUGGAGCAGUGCCAGCAGCAUGCGAGACAAGGAUCUUACCACUGGGAGGAGGAUGGUGGCAACACAGGGCCACUGAGAGACCUGCCCAUGCUGCAGAAGCAGGGAGCCCCAGGCUAGCCAGCAGCUGGGGUGAAGCACUCUCAUUUGCCUGGUUUACCAAUUAUGAACCCAACUGCCCCCAUGCCCUGAGCUGAACUUUCCCAUGUACCCCUAGGGCCAGCACCACCCACAGUGCAAUUGCAGCUGUGGCCCCUGCCAGGCUGGGAAGCCCCAGUCAUGUCAGGGGACGACAUGGCUCUUGUGCUGCAGGUCCCCUUUCCACCUGCUCGAGCUGCUGGAGCCAGGCUGGGAAGGGGGCAGGGUUGCUCGAAAGAGACGGAGGCUAAAGCCAGCAGCGGUGAGGGGUCCGAGGGUUUGACCCUGCUGGUGCUGCCAGCUCCUAGUGCUUACUGUGAAUGGCCCACCUGUGCAGUCCCCACAGCUGGGGCUGAGGUGGCCUCGCGCAACAGCUCCUGGGAGAUCCAGCUCCUGUCCAGGGCCCUAGGUAGCCACGCGGGGAGGGAGGUAGGAGCUGGGUUGAGGAUGAUCGGCAUAGAGCUGUUAUCCUUAGCUAGCAAUGGUAUUAAGAGUAAGGAUGUAAAAUACUAAAUGGUUAACUGGCUAACCGACCCUAACCGUUAGCCUCAGCCCCAUGGUUCAGACAGCCAGAGCAGCCCCAGCUGCAGAGGCCCCAGCCUCUCUCCCUUUUAUUGGUUAACCAUUUAAGUGACCUAAUUUUAAUCAUUUAAACGGUUAACUUUGUAAAUGGAUAUUUACAUCCCUACUGAAGAGGGAAAAGAAGCAGAGUGUGAGAGGGAGAAAGUGUGGCUGUGGCUGUGUCCCCUAGAGCGAUUCAGCUGGCAGCCCAGCUCUGCAGGGCCAGGCCGCAGGUGUUCUUGGUGAUUUUGAAAACAAAGCACAAAAUCUCAAUGGAUCUGUGGAGUCUUCUCAAACCCAUGCCCGUGGGAGCUGUGCCUGAGCACCCGGAGGGCAAAUGAGCCGGGCUGAAGCACAUCCUUGUGGCCUUUAACCUGAAAUCACUGGGCUUGCGAUGGCCCUGCAACCUGGCUGAAAUUGUAAACAUGCACAUUCACGCAAGUCAAGAGAGUCCAACGUAACGUUUCCCACUUCCACCCACAUCAUCACAUCCCCUGCCCUUCCUGGGCCUCAGACACAGCAUCAUGCAAAUGGCUCCAUACGUGUCACUCAGGUCACAGUGAUGACUAACUCUCCACCAGCGCUCAGUGCAUCUGCGCCCAAGUGACAUGGACCGGUCAACGCCUGUUCCCUGGAUGAUGCGCUGGGUGCUGCUGACAGUGUGUUCUUUCCCUGCUGGUGUCUGAGCGUGCAGGGAACGGGCCUGCCAACCUGGCAUGGCGCUGGGUUUCCUGCGAGAAACCACAGGCUGAAGUCUCAGACUUGUGUGACUUUUUGUGUUUAAUUCCCUUGGGUUUUUGUUUUGUUUUUUUUUUUAUUGUAAAAGACAAAAAGAAUAAAAAUGGAUUCCUCCAA